AAUCUAUUCAAAAUAGCGUUAGGUUAAAGUUCGCUUUAAACAUGGCAUGCCUGUAGGGACAAGACAAGACCAUAAGCGGUUUCAUUAAACAUUUAUCUUAAUCAACUUGUGUAAUAGCAAUAGCCUGUAACUUGAAAGAAUGGCUGCGGGCGAAGAAAUAUUUUUGAGAGCCAAAGGACGGACGUUUGUGGGACUGACAGAAGAUGAUGAGAAAGAGUGGCACGGUCCUUUCUGCUUCAUCCAGGCGGCUGACCCCCAGCUAGGGCUCAUGAAGGCCUGGAGGAUCGGGGACAACGACGGGGGAGGGGACGAGUGGGCCGAGGAGGUCCAGCUCACCAGGCAGGCUGUCCAGGCCGUCAAUAAAUUGAGCCCCAGGCCUCGCUUCAUGAUCCUGUGCGGGGACCUCGUCCAUGCCAUGCCAGGUACGCCGUUUCGAGCGGGCCAAGAGCGGGACCUCAAAGAGGCGCUGCGCGGCACCGACGCCGCCAUCCCGCUGGUGUUCGUCAGCGGCAACCACGACCUGGGCAACACGCCCACGCCGGCCACGGUGAGCGACUACUGCCGCGCCUGGGGCGACGACUACUUGGCCUUCUGGGUGGGCGGCGUGCGCUGCCUGGUCCUCAACUCGCAGCUCUUCUUCGACGCGUCGGCCUGCCCGGCCCUGCGCGACGCCCAGGACGUCUGGCUGGAGGAGCAGCUGCGGGCCGAAGCGCUGCGGCCAUCGCGCCACCUGCUGGUCUUCCAGCACAUUCCGCUCUACCUGCGCCGGCCCGACGAGGACGACGACUACUUCAACCUGCAGACGGCCGUCAGGGAGAACCUCAUCACGAGGUUCAAGAGGGCAGGCGUGAAGGCCGUCUUCUCCGGCCACUACCACCGCAACGCCGGGGGGUGCUUCGACGGCCUGGACAUGGUGGUGAGCUCGGCCAUCGGUUGCCAGCUGGGGGAGGACACCCACGGCGUGAGGGUGGUGGUGGUGACCGCCGACCGCAUCGUCCAUCGGUACAUCAGCCUGGACCAACUGAACGACAGGGGCAUGGACGAGGACCUGAAGCAGCUACUGUUCUCAUCGACCUGAAGAAAAACCACAGGACUGGAGAAGGUUCCAUUUUAUAGAACAGGGACAAAAAAAAAAACUAACCCCAGUUAGCCGACUGUUUUUUUUUUAUAUCUCAGGUUUGACAGAUUUAAGGAAGAAGGCUGUCAGGGCCUGCCAGUUUAAGAUUUGUUCUUUUUCAGUUUUUAUUAUCCGCUCUGUAGCUCCAAUUUUCUCUGAACAGAUGUGGGUGUUUCAACCUGAAAGGUUAGCAUGACCAUAUUCUGUCUUUACCUCAAGUCUUCCAUACUGCCAUGAACGGUCAUCAAACUAUUUUCACGCUAGAGCGAAAGAAUAAAUCUGUAUGUAGCAUACGACACUAUAUAGCCCCAGAGUUUCAGGAAGGCUAGUUAUUUACUGAAAACAAGCCUCUUUUGUGUUUUUGUUUGAGCUGUUUUUGUAGAAUAAUUGCCAGUGUGUCAUUUGGAUGCGCUGACUGCUUUUUCGAGUUGGACGAGUUCACCCCCAAGCAUCUCUCUGCCCGUUCCACUUAUCAGACCAGAAGAGGCAGGAACAGG